AUGAGCGCAAACUUAUCGAUUGGUAAUGAAAUCAAAGAUUCAUUUAAGGAAACCCAUAAAUGGGUUCAAAAUAACUUAAAAUGGCUGAAGGACAUUGAACAAUUUUAUCGUGAAAGAGCUAAAUUAGAGAAAGAGUACAGUGAAAGAUUAUCUCGUUUAUCGGUGGAGUACUUUAAUAAGAAAUCUUCAACAUCGGUCCCUAUCUCUGUUGGUGACACUCCUACCACUACGCCUGGGUCUGUUGAAGCUGCAGGUGUGGUCGCAUGGAAUGAGAUCCUUUCUCAGACUGAUAUGAUCUCCAAGGACCAUAAUCAGUUAUCAUCUGAUUUUGAGAACCAUGUAGCCAAUCAAUUGAGUGGAUUGUUCACUAAGCUCGAUAUGACUUUAAGCAAGAUAAAUGGGUUUAACAAUGACAUGGUCAAUAAAAAGGAUAACAUUUACCACGAGCUGGAAAAAGCCAAGAAGGACUACGACGAGGCUUGUUCUACUAUGGAAAUGGCAAGAAAUAAAUAUACUAAAGCAUCUAAUGAUAGAAAUAAGAAGAAAUUAAAUGAAAAAGAAGUGGAAAUGAACAAGUGCAAAAAUGAGUACUUGAUCAAAAUCAAUCAGGCAAAUAGAACUAAGGACAAAUACUAUUUUCAGGAUGUUCCUGAAGUGCUAGAUCUUCUACAAGACGUAAAUGAGGCAAAGACACUUUUCUUGAAUGAUCUAUGGUUGAAGGCGACUUCUGUGGAAAAAGAUCUAGGUACAAACGUUAGUAAGAGACUAAAAACUGCGGACUCUGUGGUGAAACAGAAUAAACCCUCCCUGAACACAGCCAUUUUUAUUAAGCACAAUUUAAAGAGCUGGAAAGAACCACGAGACUUUAUCUAUACACCAUCACCAGUAUGGCAUGAUGAUGAAAAGUUUGCAGUUCCGACCCCACUUGAAGUCGAGGACUUGAGAAUAAAGCUAGCAAAAGCAGAAAAUGAUUACAAUUCAUUGCAAGAUAAAACUCAAAACGAGUUAUCUAAACUAUCCACUUUGAACAAGAUAAAACACGAAAUGAAAACUAACGAGGACAACGUCAGUGCUACUAAAUUUUACGAUACGUUGAAGGAAUAUCUAAACAUUGUUUCACCUUUCACAUCGCACGAGACGAUGAAAUUACAAGCUGAGGUUCAAAUCGAAAGUAUUCAAAACAAUGUUCCUGAGGAAUACGAUUUGUCCACAGAUAACAUUGAUCUUUCCAAGACAAAGAAGAAAUCUGGAAUAUUCAGUAAACUAAAGUACAACAUAUUAAAUGUCGAUUCGAGGCCUUCAAGUAGUGGGAAUACUGGGAAUGGCAAUGGGGGAGCCCUGCAUAUAACAAGUAUUUUCAAUACAUCGAGAAGAACCAGGCUGGGCGUUGAUGCUAACAACGCUGGUGAAGAUACAGAGAAUACUUCUAUACGAACUACCGGUACCGGUAAUACACUAAAAACGACACAAACUACCAGUGAUGAUGGCAGCAAUAAAGUAUUGUAUGCAUAUGUGAAGCAGGAUGAUGACGAAAUUAGUAUUUCGCCAGGCGACAGAAUUUCAUUGGUUGCACGGGACACAGGUUCUGGAUGGACCAAGAUAAAUAACGACAGCACUGGUGAAUCAGGGCUUGUACCCACUACAUAUAUUCGCAUAUCUACCACUGAUACUGCUACAGCAAAUAAUAGAGGCCCCGCACCAGAAGUACCACCACCAAGAAGGAGCACGCUCCCUAUCAGGACCUUAGAAGCUAUGUACGCCUAUGAAGCACAAGGAGAUGAUGAGAUAUCAAUUGACGUGGGGGAUGUAAUUACUGUCAUCAGAGGUGAUGAUGGUAGCGGAUGGACAUAUGGUGAAUGUGAUGGGCUGAAAGGUCUAUUUCCUACCAGUUACUGCAAAUGA